CAUUCUUUGAUUCUCCACUGUCCACUCCAUCAAAAGCCAAAAUGAAUUGAGCUCAAUAAAAUUCCCUCUAUUUUCUUUUCGAUUCCAUUUCAUUUCCGCUUUUUACCUUACAAUUCACUUAUACUUCUCUACAAUUCAUUCCUCCUCCAUUGAUCUCACACCAUCUUACUAUUUUUGCUACGGUUUGGUUUCCUUUGAUCUUUUUUGAUUAUUUUUUUAUUUUUGGUACAUAUAUCGGAGGAGGAAAGGGGAAAAAGCAGCAGCAGAAGGGAAAUGGAAUCUGAUGAUGAUUUCUAUAUGAACGGCGCCAACGAAUCGGGGGAAGAUGAUUUCUACAGUGAAGGCGACGAUGAUGCUGGGGCCAUGGCUACCUACGAUGAUGAUUCCGAUGCCGAUGACGCUGGCUACGAGUUCAUCGGCCACGAUUCUGAUGAUUCCGUUGAUUUUACCUCUCAUAGUCACCGGCAAAAUUAUACCAUUUUGAGUGAAGUAGAUAUUCGUCAACGUCAAGAGGAUGACAUCACUAGGAUAUCUACUGUGCUUUCCAUCUCAGAGGCUGAAGCAGGCAUUCUACUAUGCCAUUAUAAUUGGAACGUCAGUAAAAUACAUGACGAAUGGUUUGCAGAUGAGGAAAAGGUUCGCUGGUCUGUUGGCUUAUUGGAUAAGCGUGCAGUCCCAUUUCCUGAUGGUAGCGAAAUGACUUGUGGGAUAUGUUUUGAUAACUAUCCUUGUGAUCUGCUUCAUGCCGCUGCAUGUGGUCAUCCUUUUUGUAACUCUUGCUGGUCAGGCUAUAUUAGCACAGCCAUUAAUGAUGGUCCUGGAUGUUUGAUGUUGCGAUGUCCUGAUCCAUCCUGUGCUGCUGUUGUUGGUCAAGAUAUGAUAAAUGCAUUGGCUUCUGCUGAAGACAGAGAGAAGUACUCUCGUUAUUUCAUUAGAUCUUAUGUUGAAGACAAUAGGAAGACCAAAUGGUGUCCUGCACCUGGGUGUGAUUACGCCGUGGAUUUUAAUUUUGAUAGUGGAAACUAUGAUGUCACGUGUCACUGCUCAUAUAGCUUUUGUUGGAAUUGCUCUGAAGAAGCUCACCGUCCUGUUGAUUGUGAAACUGUUGCCAAGUGGAUACUGAAAAACAGUGCUGAGUCUGAAAAUAUGAAUUGGAUAUUGGCUAAUUCCAAGCCUUGUCCUAAAUGCAAGCGCCCAAUUGAGAAGAACCACGGGUGUAUGCAUAUGACAUGCACACCACCAUGUAAAUUUGAAUUUUUGACCACUUAUAUAUGCAGGCUUUGCCUUGGUGCAUGGACAGAUCAUGGUGAGGUAACUGGUGGUUAUUAUGCUUGCAACCGUUACGAGACAGCAAAAAAAGAGGGCACGUUUGAUGAAGAGGAGAAACGAAGAGAGUUGGCUAAAUUAUCUGUAGAGAAAUACACUCAUUAUUAUGAACGAUGGGCAACCAACCAAUUAUCUAGGCAAAAGGCAAUGGCUGAUCUACAGCAAAUGCAGUCCGUGCAUCUCGAGAAGCUGAGUGAGAUACUGUGUCAACCUGAAUCACAGCUGAAGUUCAUCAUUGAGGCAUGGCUACAGAUAAUAGAAUGUAGGAGAGUCCUGAAGUGGACUUAUGCUUACGGAUUUUAUUUACCUGAAGAGGAACAUACUAAAAGGCACUUCUUUGAAUACCUACAGGGCGAGGCUGAGUCUGGGUUAGAACGACUUCAUCGAUGUGCAGAGAAGGAGCUUCAGGUCUACCUCAAUGCAGAGGCACCAUUAAAAGAUUUUAACGAGUUUCGCUCAAAACUUGCUGGAUUGACCAGGUAA